AUGGUGGCCUUGGGUGAGUCCCUGGUGCAUGUAAGGAUCACUUUCCUGAAGUUAUGGCUGGGGAUAUUCCUCUUUUUAUCUUCAUGGUCUGUAACAUGGCAUUUUCAACAAUACAGAAGCCCCCCAGAGGUGGUGAUACCACGGAAAGUCACCGACACUAGGAGAAACACUUUUCCUCCAGGAUGGCUGUCUUAUAGCCUGCACAUUGGGGGCCAGAGGCAUAUUAUCUCCAUGAAGUCAAAGGAGGACUUGAUAUCCAGACACCUCACUGUGUUCACCUACUCCGACCAAGGUGGUCUUCUUGAGGAUCAGCCUUUUGUGCAAAAGGACUGCUACUACCAUGGUUUUGUAGAUGGGGACCCAGAGUCCGUGGUCGCUCUUACCACCUGUUUUGGGGGAUUUAAAGGAUUACUGCAAAUUAAUAACAUUGCUUAUGAAAUCAAGCCCAAGAACCUUUCUACUGCAUUUGAACAUCUGGUUUAUAAGAUGGAUACCGAGGACACAGAUCUACUUCCCAUGAGAUGCGGAUUAACAGAAGAAGAAAUAGUCCGACAACUGAAACUUCAAGAGAAUGAUACCUCCAUAUUGAAACAAAGUGACUAUGAGGGCUGGUGGGCCCACAAAUUGAUUGUUGAACUAGUGUUGGUGAUAGAUCAUACUCGAUUUGUUUAUCGGGAAAAUAAUAUUACACAUGUGCAGGAGGAUGUCUUCACAAUAUUGAUUGUAAUGAAUGGCCAUUAUAUCCCACUGGAAGUUGAUGUGUUGUUACGAGGAUUUGAGAUAUGGAAUGAAGGAAAUCCUAUAUUGGUAGAAUCAACAAUAGAGUCUGUCCUAACCAGUUUUUGCCAGUGGAAGAAGGACAGCUUUGCCGACCGCAUUCCGCAUGAUGUUGCACACCUUAUUGUCAAGUAUGAUUAUGGUAAAUCAGUGGGCCUCGCCUGGGUUGGAGGAAUAUGUAAUCCUAAAUUGAGCUGUGCAGUUAAUAGUUUUAAAUUUGUAUCACCAACUGUAUUUGCCCAGACUGUGUCACAUGAGCUAGGCCACAAUUUGGGUAUGAUUCAUGAUGAAUUCCCAUGUACAUGUGGUCGAAAACACUGUGUAAUGUAUGCAACAAAAGGUGAUGGCACAACAUUCAGCAACUGCAGUUAUAACACAUAUUAUUCAACAGUUAGGAACAAGAAUUGUAUGUACAAUUCACCAAGCCUACAGGACAUCAUCACAUUUACGAGGUGUGGGAAUGGAGUACUUGAGGAGGGAGAGGAGUGUGAUUGUGGAUCUUAUCAUUCAUGUGCAAAAAAUUUAUGUUGUAAGUCAGACUGCACUCUGAAAGGUGACGCUGAUUGUGCUUCUGGGCUUUGUUGCAAAGAUUGUCAUUUCAUGCCAUCAGGCACAGUGUGUAGAGAGCAGAAUGAUGAAUGUGAUCUUCCAGAGUGGUGCAAUGGAACUUAUCAUGACUGUCCUGAAGAUGUUUAUAUGUAUGAUGGGAGCCCUUGCAGGAGUGGUGGCUACUGCUAUGGGAAGAGGUGUAAUAGUCAUGAUGAGCAGUGUCAGCAAGUUUUUGGCAAAGGAGCCAGGAGUGCACCUGAGAGCUGCUACAUGGAAAUGAACACCAAGGGAGACCGCUUUGGUAAUUGUGGAACGAUCAGUACAGAGAGUUACGCACAAUGUAACGUUUCCAACAUCCUCUGUGGGCGACUUCAGUGUGAAAACGUGAAUGAAAUUCCUCUUCUGAGAGAUCAUUCCACUGUGUACUGGAGUCACUUCAAUGAUGUCACCUGCUGGGGUACUGACUACCAUUUGGGAAUGGGCAUCACUGACAUUGGUGAUGUGAAAGAUGGCACAGUCUGUGGUCCAGAGCAUGUGUGCAUUCAGAGGAAAUGUGUCAGGAAGUCUACUUUGAAAAGUGGUUGUUUGCCAGCGACUUGCAACAUGAAUGGGGUCUGCAACAAUAAAGAUCAUUGCCAUUGCUCCCAGGGGUGGGGCCCACCGAACUGCCUGUUGAGAGGUGCUGGAGGUAGUGUUGACAGUGGACCACCACCUCCAGGUAAACGGUGGUGGCUGCUUUACCUCUUUACAAGUUUGCUGAUUCUUCUGGUGCUUUGUGGAGUCUCGUUUUCCCUGUAUAAGAAGUGCAAAAAACCCACUGCUAAAGAAACUCCACCACCACCAAAAGCUGAAACUAAAACCACAACCACUAAAGCAUAG